AUGGCACCAUCCGUACAGCAGAUCCUAGAGGAUACCCCCUCAGUGUUGCCCGAGAAGAUUGCCGCUGUUGUCAAAGAAGUUCCCAAAUUGAAGGAGGAAAGACAGACGCAAAGGCAAACUCUCUUCUAUUACUCGAAAGCACUUACUAACAACCACCAGUACCCCCAAUAUCUGCCAACCUGGAACCACGGCCAGAAAUACUCUCCAUUGCAGCCCUUCAUUCAUACCGAGCAUGGCAAAAAUGCCGACGCAACGUUCCCCAACCUCCUACCCCAAGGUAGUAAGGCCAAAAAGCUAACUCCAACCAUUGGCUCCGAAGUCACCGGUGUUCAACUCAGCAAGCUCGACGCUGCUGGCAAAGACCAGCUCGCUCUCUUCGUCGCUCAGCGAAAGGUAGUAGCGUUCCGUGAUCAAGACCUCGCCGAUCUCCCUCUACAAGAAGCUCUUGACUUCGGGGGGUAUUUUGGGAGGCACCACAUCCAUCCUACGAGUGGGAGUCCAGAAGGCUUCCCGGAACUGCACAUCGUGCACCGAUACGGUGCUCCGGGAACAUCUGAGUUUGACUCCUUCCUCGCCGGCCGUAACAGCAGCACGUCGUUCCAUAGCGACGUCUCGUACGAGGCACAGACUCCCGGCACGACAUUCCUAUACAUUUUCGACAGCCCGGAAGAGGGUGGCGACACCGUUUUCGCAAACCAGGUCGAGGCGUAUAAUCGUCUCAGUGAGCCGUUGAAGGAAAGGCUGCAUGGGUUGAAGGCUGUGCAUUCGGGGUUUGAGCAGGCGCAGUAUAGUAGGGAUAAGGAGGGGGUUGUGAGGAGGGAGCCCGUCAAGAACGAGCAUCCGAUUGUGAGGACGCAUCCUGCGACUGGGGAGAAGGCGCUUUUUGUGAACCAGGGUUUUACGCGCAGCAUUAUUGGAUUGAAGAAGGAAGAGUCUGAUGCUCUGCUAGCAUUCUUGUUCAACCACAUCAGUCGAGGAAUUGACUGGCAAGCUCGCGUGAGGUGGGCGCCAAAGACCGUUGUUGUGUGGGAUAACCGUGUUACGGUCCAUUCAGCUACUCUGGAUUGGAGCUCUGGCGAACGUCGCCACCUUGCUCGAAUCACGCCGCAGGCUGAGAUCCCUUUUGAAACUCCGUAUGUCAAGCCUGAAGAGGAACUCAAGGCAUAA